UCUGACCAACCCUAUGCUCCAGCUCAAUGGAUGACAUAAGCGACCCUUGCCUAAGACAAUCAGCUUCCUGCUCAGAUGAUGAGAAAUCCCACCCAAGAUGCUAAAAAAAGCAACGUUUUGGAAGUUCCAGCCCUGCUUCCUUGUGGGGUGUAUUAUCAGCCUUUCAAAGUCUUGCCUAUAUAAAGAAGGGAUGUAGACUCACCUGAGCAACAAGAGCAUCACCUGUCAAGACAACAUCCUUCAGUCCUGAACAGAGAGAGAGAAGACAGAACUUAGAGAACUUCGGCUCGAAGGCAGAAUAAACCCCUCAACAGUACACUGACAACAUGCUCUCCAAAGUACAGAGAUCCUUCCGACCCCGGAGCACCCUGUCUGUGGUCAGAGGACUGCACAAAUCAGCUCUAGAUGUGGUGCAGCGCCCCACCUCUGAGGAAACUGUGACCAGCAGCUUUGGCAGGUUCAUCCAGAGCGUGCAGCCGAGGCAUCUGUCACCAAAAGUGCUCCAGCGCAGCAAGCGCAUGGUGCUGGACAGCAUUGGUGUGGGACUGCUGGGUAGCACCACUGAAGUCUUUGAUCUGGCCCUCCAGCACUGCAAGCACAUGUAUGCUCCUGAUGACAUCAGCUUUGUCUAUGGCCACAGUGGCACCAAGCUGUCCCCAACCCUGGCUGCUUUUGUCAAUGGAGUCGCGGCUCAUUCAAUGGACUUUGAUGACACCUGGCAUCCUGCAACUCACCCCUCUGGAGCAGUGCUUCCUGCCCUCCUCGCAAUUUGUGACAUGCUUCCUAGCAACAGCAAGCCAAGUGGUGUAGAUUUGCUGAUGGCCUUCAACGUGGGCAUUGAGAUUCAGGGUCGCCUGAUGAGGUUCUCCAACGAGGCCCACAACAUUCCCAAGAGGUUUCACCCCCCUAGCGUCGUAGGCACAAUGGGCAGUGCUGCCGCCUGUGCCCGCCUUCUUUCCCUGGACCGUUUACAGUGCAGUCAUGCCUUGGCCAUUGCUGCCUCCUUAGCAGGUGCCCCAAUGGCUAAUGCAGCCACUCAGUCCAAGCCCCUGCACAUAGGCAACGCCUCCCGCCUGGGGCUUGAAGCUGCCCUUCUGGCCUCCCGUGGGCUUGAGGCAAGCCCCCUGGUCCUGGAUGCAGUGCCAGGGGUCGCUGGCUUCAGCGCUUUCUAUGAAGACUAUGCCCCUCGCCCACUGGCUUAUCCUGAAGAGGAGGAGCACAGCUUCCUUCUAGAUGAGCAAGACAUGGCCUUCAAGCGAUUCCCGGCCCACCUCGGCAUGCACUGGGUGGCUGACGCUGCUGCCAUCAUCCAUAAGACCUUAGUGGGCCUCUCCACGGGAAGCUUCUCCCCAGGCAUGGUGCAGGACAUCCUGCUCAGGGUCCCACAGUCUAAGUAUAUCAACCGACCCUUCCCAGAGUCGGAGCACCAGGCGCGCCAUUCCUUCCAGUUCAACGCCUGCACUGCCCUGCUGGACGGGGAAGUGACGGUCCAGUCCUUCCAGCCUGAGGCACUCUUGCGGCCUGAGCUCCACACUCUACUGUCCCGCGUCCGAGUGGAGCACCCCGACGACAACCCAGCCAACUUCGACCGCAUGUAUGGCGAGGUGGAGGUGACUCUGGUCAGCGGAGAUGUGCUCAGAGGCCGCUGCGACACCUUCUACGGCCACUGGAGGAACCCUCUUAGCAAUGAGAGCCUGCGCAAGAAGUUCCGCAACAAUGCCGGUGCAGUGCUGAUCCCAGAGAAGGUGGACGCACUCGUGGAGGCCGUGGAGGGGCUGGAGUACCUGACCGACUGCAAACCGCUGCUGGCCCAGCUGCAGUAAACAGCUUAGCAACACCAGCCUUUUUGUUUUUCUUUACGUUGUUCAUGAACAAUGACUGUACUUUCUAUUGAAGGACUUUUAUCAUGUGCACCUCCCAGAUAUUUAGAUGAACUGUGAGAAUUUACAGUUUCCUAGUAAUAUAGAAGACAUAUGAAGAAUUUAUUUACUGAAUGCAGUGAUUACUUGUUUUAUUCUUUAAAAAAUUACAUCUCUUUCUAGUUAUUAUCAUAACACAACCACAAACAUACAAAUUGAGAGCCAGCAGCUGUGUGUUUUUACUGGAAAGGUGCAAAAAAAAUGUAAAUAUGACUUGAAUACCUUUGUAUCUAACAUUGGGAGCACUUUCUGUUAAAUUAAUAUUAUGAACUAAUUUUAUUUGUGUGUCAGCAGUGUGAUCAAGGUGUCGGUAAUGAAGGAGUUUUCAGUGUGUCUGUGAACAUAAAAAUUCAUAAAAUAAAGUGUUUUAAGCCAGUUCUGAUUCUCUGUCGUCCAGCGAUCACCAGUACUAAC